CGAUAAAGCACGAUGAAUGUAAUAGAAAUCAUGGAACAUAGAAGAUCAAACGGGAAAUCCUCGAAGGAAAAAUAAACAAAGAAGGCCCACUACUAGGAGACAUGGAGAAUGUUACUGUAGAUGUACAUAUAAAAAGCAAGGAACAAAACAUACAAGGACUAAGUGUGAAAGAAGAAGUUGAUGUUAAAAGUCUGACUGACGCUGAACUAUGGAAGCAGCUUUGCUCAUAUGGAGUUAACCCUGGACCAAUAUUACCUUCCACAAGAAUCGUUUAUGAAAACAAGCUUCAGCAAUUGAUGAAGCAAUGCCCAGGAGCAGCAGCUGGAGAGAAGAGCCAAAAGGUUGAUUGUGAAAGGGAAAAUGUUGGAGCAAAAGGACCAGCUGCAGAAGCCGUUCUUCAGAACAGCAACUUCAGAGUAGCAGCAGAAUGUGCCUGUAGUUCUGAUAAUAAAGCACCUUUAGAUGAAAUAACAGAACGCCAGAAGAAACUCUUGUCGCCUGAUUCUGAGCAUAGUUUAGCUAAAAUAGUAGCAGAACUCCAAGAGAUAUUACCAGAAAGCAAAAUGACACCACAUCGGUCACAAGGAUUAAGGAAAAAAGUUGGCAACAGCCCUGAGGCAAGCAAACAAAAGAAAAGUGAAAAACUGCACAUUGAUUAUGGUCAUCCUGAUGCAAGCACCGUAGGAACUAGUUCUCGAAGAAGAACAUUAAGAGAGACUCCUCCUCCCCUUAAGAAAUGUCCUGAAAACAUACCACAGAAAACAUGUGAGAAACCAGCUGAAGGACCUAUGCCAAUAAGGAUAAAGAUUGCCGUGUUUUGUAUCGCUGUUUUCAUUCUCUUUGUAUAUGUAACUAUGGAAACCAAUCCAUUUACAACCCUCUUUAGCAGAAAAUGAGUGCCACCUUUCUUGAGAGAUGGGUGGAAGACCAAGGAAGGCAAUUUGGUUAGCUGUUUAGGAACAAGCGACUUCAGUAAUUCAUUAAACAGCAAUUGGGAUAAUCC